AUGCGACCGCGGCUGGUGCCGCGCCAGAGCCUGGAUGAAGCCUUGCAGAAAGAAAACUUGGCUGCGGCCUUCCAGGGCACUGGCCGCACAGCUGAGGCAGAGGCCCGGGCAGCUCUCGCCGUGCUGGAACAUGCCUUUCCACCUCAGGUACGUGACGUACGGCCUGCUGGUGCCAGGGCAAGGCUUGCACAAAUCCUUCACGCGCAGGGCCGCACCAGCGAGGCUGAGCCCUUGCUGCGGCAAGCCUUGGCCGACUUGGAGGCAUCUUUAGGAGUUGAUCAUCCGCAAGUCUUGAACUGCGCUAGAAACUUGGCGGUUCUGCUAAAGCAGAAGGCAGCGCCUGGUGCACUGCCUGAAGCUGAGGCCCUGCUGAAGCGUGCUGCGUCAGGUUAUGCGGAAGCACUGGGUGCAGAUCAUCCUGAAACGCAGCGCCUGCGCAGGAACCUCGCGAACUUUCGAAAGUGGCGUCAGCGUGUGCACCCGGAGCUGUGA